AUAGAGGAGGGUACACGUUGUUCGCUGUAUCAGCCGCAUUCGCAGGAUGGCACUUUUAAUUUAGCGUUAUCCACUAAAACCUGCAGCACAGUCACAUAACUAGUCAGGACGAAUAAAAGGCUGUGUCAUAUGUCGUUUAUGCUCCACCGUUAUGGCUUCGUCUACGUUUUUGAGAGACACCGGUUCUAGUAUGGAAAUUUUGCACGGAAGUACGCCUGUCUUUGCAAACGGGAUGCGAUGAAAAAGAGGAAAAAACUAUCCGAUUUGAAGCUGGAAUAAUUCCGCCAGACGGAUAACCUCGAUGUUGCUGUUUAAAUUCUUCCAGGGUUGCUAGACGCAUUCCGCCGUGGGAAGCUGCUGCUGUUUGCCUGUCAAUGCGCACGAGACGUUAUAUAACGGGAAGCGCAGUCGUUUCCAAACCUGGAGUUGCAUUACCUGGGAUUGUGAUAUUAAACGUGCCGUCAGCCCUAACGCUUCUCCUGUCUGGCAGCUUGGUCGUUUCACUUGCUGAUGCCAGUAGCUGCAGAUUGUCUGUAUGGCCGGAUCAUGAGGUGUUUGACUUUUUUCCUCUUACUUCCAGAGAACUUGAAAAAAGCUAAAAAGAGUGGGAGACACCCAGGCAGGCUGCCAGUAUGCUAUGAGAUCGUGACUUUGUCCUUGGAAAAGAACAUGGCUGCAGAACUGUACCCUGCUAGCACACAGACCAAUAUCCCGCACAGCAACGGCAUUGUAGUGACGGCCGCUAGCAAGAAGGGCAUCGUCCACGUCACCCAGACGGUUACUGCUGCGACCGCUACCACCACACAGCAGAAUAUUAACAACAACAACGUCGAGUCGACCAGCUGGCAGAAUUCUCACCCGACACUGCGGGAGAGGAAUGCCUUAAUGUUUAACAACGAACUCAUGGCCGACGUUCACUUUAUAGUGGGCCCUCCUGGCGAAUCGCAGAGAGUGCCUGCGCAUAAGUAUGUACUGGCGGUGGGAAGUUCAGUUUUUGCUGCCAUGUUUUACGGUGAUCUUGCAGAGGGAGAUUCGGAGAUUCAUAUCCCAGAUGUAGAACCUGCUGCAUUCUUAAUUCUGUUGAAGUACCUUUACAGCGAUGAGAUUGAAUUGGAAGCGGACACGGUGCUGGCCACUCUGUAUGCCGCUAAGAAGUACAUUGUGCCAGCCCUAGCCAAGGCUUGCGUUAACUUCCUGGAGACCAGCCUGGAGGCUAAGAAUGCCUGCGUGCUGCUGUCCCAGAGCCGGCUGUUUGAGGAGCCCGAGCUGACGCAGCGCUGCUGGGAGGUCAUCGACGCCCAGGCUGAGCUGGCACUGCGCUCCGAGGGCUUCUGUGAGAUCGACCGGCCCACGCUGGAGAUCAUCCUGGCACGCGAGACGCUCAACAUCAAGGAGGCAGUGGUCUUCGAGGCUGUCCUGGCCUGGGCGGCGGCUGAGUGCAAGAGGCGGGGCCUGGGCCCGACAGCUCGCAACAAACGUAGUGUCCUGGGCAAGGCACUCUACUUGGUGCGCAUCCCUGCCAUGACGCUGGAGGAGUUUGCUGAUGGUGCAGCGCAGUCCGACGUGCUGACACUGGAGGAGACGCGCGAGAUCUUCCUGUGGUACACGGCGGCCAACAAGCCACAGCUGGACUUCCCACUGGUGCGGCGGACGGGCCUGGCACCACAGCGCUGCCACCGCUUCCAGUCCUCGGCCUACCGCAGCAACCAGUGGCGCUACCGUGGCCGCUGUGACAGCAUCCAGUUCGCCGUGGACCGCCGGGUCUUCAUCGCCGGCCUCGGCUUGUACGGCUCCAGCGGGGGCAAGGCCGAGUACACCGUGCGCAUUGAGCUCAAGCGGCAGGGCGCCACACUAGCGCAGAACCUCACCAAAUUCGUGUCGGACGGCUCCAGCAGCACUUUCUCCGUGUGGUUCGAGCACCCAGUGCAGGUGGAGCAAGACACCUUCUACACGGUCAGCGCUGUGCUGGAUGGGAAUGAGCUCAGCUACUUCGGCCAGGAGGGCAUGACUGAGGUGCAGUGCGGGAAGGUCACCUUCCAGUUCCAGUGCUCCUCGGACAGCACCAAUGGCACCGGGGUGCAGGGGGGGCAGAUCCCUGAGCUGGUCUUCUACGCCUGAGCCCUAUCGACAAUCUCUGUCUUACCCUGCUGCUAGCACACAUGGUAGAGUCCAAACAAAGAUCUUGCUUUGCUAAUGAAGCAGCAGUGGAGAGGACUAUGACAAUGAAAAACUGCCAAGUUUUCUAAAAACUCUGUUCUUAGAAAAAUGACUCUUAGACUUAGACUCUAUUUUUCAGACUUAAAGGCAAAGGAAUGUUCUGUAAUUUUAUUUAUUUAAGAAAACAAACAAGCAAACAGAUUAAUUAAUACUGACACUGCAGCAUGUGGCUCUGUGUACUGAAAAGGUUGUAUUGCACUUCCAGUGGGUGGCUCCCAUUAGUGCUUUGUGUGUUUUGUACAUAACUGACACCGGUGUGUUCACAGCUCUAAGUUGACUGACGAAUGAGAUGUCCUGUGUUGGAGCACGGCUAGUGAGCCGCUAACCAUAUAAAAGAGAAGAUUUUAUGUGACUAAACUCCCAGUUGUCAGCGCCUGUUAUUCCUGUGGUCUCGGCCGCUGAAGCCGAGGGAGGAUGAAACACACCAGCACGUGCUCCGACGGUGUGGGGGGCU